UAUGGUAAUAAGUUAUCGCCUAUGCCAUCAACAAAAGCUCCCCAAAUAUUUCCAGUGAUGACAGUAUGUUAUAAGCCUGCCAAGUUGUAUUUUUACCACCAUGCCACAUAUGAAGCUAUAAGAAUAGGGAGGUAAAAAGACAAAAAUACGGGAAUUCCUGCGUCCCAAACGUCACAUUUUAUAACGCUUCCGGGUUUAGCUUCUAGCAUUAGCAUCCACCUCUCUGCAGUCAAAAACAAGACAACAAAUUGAAAGUCAAUAGUAAAUGAGCAUUCGAGCGACCGCAGUCAAACGUUGAGCUGCUCAAACAUGUUUCCUCCUGACUUUGCGUGGGGAGCCGCGACCGCAGCUUAUCAAAUUGAAGGGGGUUGGCAGACGGACGGCAAGGGUCCCAGCAUCUGGGACACAUUUUGCCACAAGGAGGGCCGAGGGUGCGGCGCGCAGACGGGCGACGUCACCUGCAACAGCUAUGAAUUGUGGGACAAAGACCUGAAGUGCAUCCGGCAACUUGGACUGACCCAUUAUCGCCUGUCUCUCUCCUGGGCCCGCCUCCUUCCGGAUGGCACCACGAGACAUGUCAAUCAAAAAGGUGUCGAGUACUACAACAAGGUGAUUGACGAUUUACGGUCAUGUGACGUGUCCCCGAUGGUGACGCUUUACCACUUUGACCUGCCUCAGGCCCUCCAGGACGGCGGCGGCUGGAAAGUGCCCGCCAUCGCCGCCGCCUUCGACGACUACGCUCGCUUUUGCUUCCGAACGUUCGGGGACCGUGUCAAACUUUGGCUCACCGUCAACGAGCCGUACGUGUGCGCCAAGCUGGGACACGAGGACGGCAUCCACGCGCCUGGCCUCAAAGAAGCGGGAACCGCCGCCUACCUGGCGGGCCACAACAUGCUGCGUGCCCAUGCCAGGGCUUGGCACAGCUACAACUCGCUUUACAGGUCAACACAGGGCGGUGCAGUGUCCCUGGCCAUCAACAGCGACUGGUUGGAGCCGUGGCGUCCCGAGCACGCCGCGGAUGUCGCCGCUUCGGCCCGUUCCCUGGCGUUCACCUUGGGCUGGUUCGGGUGGCCGCUGUUCGUCACCGGGGAUUACCCGCACGCCAUGAGGGCGGCCGUCGACACGCAAAGCGGGAAGCUGGGCCACCGCGGCAGCCCGAGACUUCCCGUCUUCUCCGAGGACGAACCGUCGCCUCUAGGCACGGCUGACUUCUUCGCCUUGAACUAUUACACGUCCCGGAAGGUCAAAGAUGGAUCGGGUGGCGAGUGGGGGAUGAGCAUGAGGUGCGACCGGGACACGGAAGAAAUCUUGGAUCCCGAUUGGAGCAUUUGUGGCGCGGCCUGGUUGGCUGUGGUGCCAGCCGGCUUGCGGAAGCUCCUCAACUACAUCAAGGACACAUUUGGCGACCCGGUGGUGUACAUCACCGAAAAUGGUUUCUGUCAGGCGGGGCCGUUGGUGAUGGAGGAUGCACAGCGUGGCCGCUUUUACGAGGAAACCAUCCAGGAAGUGGAAAAAGCGAUCGGAGAAGACGGCGUCAACGUCCGCGGGUACUUCGCCUGGUCGCUCCUGGACAACUUCGAGUGGGCCGACGGAUUCGAUCUUCGCUUCGGAUUGUUCCACGUGGACUUUUCCGACGCCGAGAGGAAGCGAACGAUAUACCGCUCCGGAUUGGAGUACGCACGGAUCAUCUCAAAAUACAAAGCCGCGCACUCCAAAUGAUGUCAAGCAAUAUAUAUAUUUUUUUUUAAAUAAAUGGAGCCCCUCAGGUAAUAUGGAAAUAAAACAAAAACUUUGCGUUA